UUAGGCGCGGCUAAAGGAUUGGUUUUCGCCUCUCUUCUGGGAGCAGCAAAUUGAAGAAGCCUCUGCUUGGCGGCACAUGGCGCUGUGGCUCAGAUGAGUGUUCACUGAACUGCUCUUGGCUGAGCCUUGCAGCUGACGUUCGGGGGUCCCAGGCCAGCACUGGGGAACUCAGAGACCCCAGCCACCACCCGUCGGUCUCCCUGGAAUCCUCAGCACCAUGGUCUUCCUUUGGCUCCUGCCCUGCUUUGCCCUCGUGGAGGCCACCUAUGACUGCGGGGUCCCCGCCGUCCCUCCUGUGCUGAGAGGCCUGGCCAGGAUCAUCAGCGGCGAGGACGGUGUCCCUGGCUCCUGGCCCUGGCAGGUGUCCCUGCAGGACAAAACCCGCUUCCACUUAUGCGGGGGCUCCCUCAUCUGCCCGUGCUGGGUGGUCACCGCUGCCCACUGUGAGGUCAAGACGACUGACGUGGUGGUGCUUGGGGAGUACGACCUGAACUCUGCUAAGGAGGACGUGCAGGUCCUGCGGAUCGAACAGGUUUUCAUGCAUGCCAACUUCAGCUCUGAGACAGCAAACAACGACAUCACCCUGAUAAAGUUGGCUACGCCCGCCCGGUUUACUGAGACUGUGAACCCUGUAUGCGUGCCCUGUGCUAUUGCCCACUUCCCCCCUGGAACCCCGUGUGUCACCACUGGCUGGGGCAUGACAAGGUUCAACCCUCCUGAGACCCCCAGCAAGCUGCAGCAGGCAGUCCUGCCCCUGCUGUCCACUGAUGACUGCAAAAAUUACUGGGGCGACCUGGUCACUGAAAAGAUUAUCUGCGCCGGGGCCAAUGGCGUCUCCUCCUGCACACAGGGCGACUCUGGGGGCCCCCUGGUGUGCCAGAUGGAUGGAGCCUGGACCCUGGUAGGCAUCGUGUCCUGGGGCAGUGAUACCUGCUCCACCUCCCUUCCCACCGUGUACACUCGCAUCACUGCACUGCUUCCCUGGGUUUUGGAGAUCUUGACACAGUAUCCUUGCACUCCCUUCUCCAGGGAUCCCCAGUAAACCCUUGUAUUCAGAAA